UGUCAUGUCAUGUGUCAUACGUCGGAAUUUCAUGUUUAGACAAAAAGUUCGUUGUUCGAUAAUUUUGAAUUUGCAUAAUAACAAAUGUUAGUAUUGUAAUCAUUAAUUAGAAAUAAGAAUGAGCCGCAGGAACACAAGAAGUUCCAAAAAAACGCUAGUGAUUUCCGACUCGGAGGACGAGACUGAAGUUUCUUUCACCAGCAAUCACCGUGCUAGCAAAAAAACUCCCAGAACAUCUUUCGGAAGAACGUCUUCCGGAAGAACAUCUUUGUUGUUCUUAAACGAAACUGUAGACGAUGCCACCAUAAAUAACUUUAAAAGUACCAUUAUGAGCGAAGUGAACUCAUUCUUCGAAUCCGGAAAACUGUUGUCGGUCUUUGAAAACGACUCGGAUAACUUGGACAAGUGCGAGAAAUCGGCUAGUUCUAAAAGAAAGCACGACUGUGAUGAAUUUGAACCGUCCACUUCCAAAACCAAAGUACCCACCCCAAGAGAUGCCAACAGAGUCAAAGAGGAUGAACUCGUAAGCCUCGUAGAUGUAAUAGACAAUUUGGACAAUUCCGACACAGGACAAUCGAUUGACACCGACGAUUGGAUGUCCUAUAGGCGGAAUGCUAAAAAUCUACUAAAAAGUGUAGACGAUCUACUAAAUCGUGUAGACAACACAUUAGGUUCCUGUAAAGAUUUAUUCAAAGACAACACAACUGCAACGCCAACUUCAGAUAAUAGUGGGCUAACUUUAGAGGUUGACCUGACUGUUGAGUCGGUUUCCGAUCAACCUUCAACCAGUCAAUCCACCGCUGAGCCCCCGCAGAAGCAGAAGACUGUGAGGAUCUCUUGCCCCAUUUGUUUGAGAGAUGACGAUAUCAGCUUCGGGGCGACCGUGUGUGGACAUAUAUUCUGUAUGGACUGCCUACCGUCGACGAUAAAGGCCAAAAAGUGCUGCCCGAUAUGUAGGAAAAAGCUUACCAUGAAGCAAUACCAUCCCCUUUUCAUUUAGGAAGUAUUGUUUGAUUGUCUCGAUUAAGUUUAUAUUUAUUAAGUAGUUGAAUAAAACAUUUCUAAAAA